UGAAUCGCCAACGAGGACGGGGAGAGCUUCAGAUCUGCAACGGAGGAGGGGAAGGCGCCUUGCAGUCCGACCCCGGGAAGGGUUACUCACAACGUCCCUUUUCUUUUGAGGAGGUGGCUGUGUGUUGCACCAAGCCAGAGUGGGUGCUCCUGAAUCUAGGCCGAAGCCAUGCUGGAGGACUAUGGGAGUGAGGCCUUUGUGGAAGGUGAUCAAGAGAAUGAGGAGGAUGAGGAACUGCACCAUCGAUCACCAGAUGAAGUCAAGAAUGAAGACUUGAGAGGAAAUGUCAGGAAUCAAGACAGAGCCAAGAGGCAGAAAGGAAGCCACAUAGUCGAGAAGAGGGAUCAACCCAUUCCCUUUCAGGGAGGAGAUUUCUCUGAAGCAAUUCACGUGGUGGAGGAAACAUACAAGUGCACAGAGUGUGGAAUGAUUUUCUCUGAUGAAACCCAAUAUAAUGUCCAUUUGCAAACACAGUGUGAAAAGGACACCCAUCAAGGCUUGGAAGGUGGAAAGAACUUCUUUUGCAGAGCAGAGUUCCUUCAACAUCAAUUAACACAUGCAGGAGAGAAACAUGACAGUUUCUCAGACUGUGGUGAGAGUUUUUCAGAGAAAUCAGAACUUGCUCAACCCCAAAGCAUUCAUUCAAGAGAAAAGCCAUUCAUCUGUUCGGAGAGUGGAAUGACAUCUUCUGAUGGAGGACAUGGAAAUUUACAUUUCCCAAGGAACAUUCUAACAAAAGCAUGUAAAUGCUUUCGGUGUGGAAGGCACUUUAAAUACAGAUCACAGCUCCUUGUGCACCAAAGAAUACACACAGGGGAGAUACCUUUUGGAUGCUCAGAGUGUGGAAUGAAAUUCAGUGGGCCUGGCAGUCUUCAGGAACAUCAAAAAAUCCACAGAGGUGAGAAGUCUUUUAAGUGCUCAGAUUGUGGAAAGAGUUUCAUGUUGAAUAGUCAUCUUCAGUUGCAUCAAAGAAUCCACACAAGGGAGAAACGUUUUGAAUGCUCAGUGUGUGGAAAUAAAUUCAGUCACAGACAUAGCCUAAUAAAGCACCAAAGAAUCCACACGGGGGAGAAACCUUUUGAGUGCCCAGAGUGUGGAAGACGUUUCAAUCAGAGUGGCCAUCUUCAAGAACAUCGAAGAAUUCACACAGGGGAGAAGCCUUUUGAGUGCUCAGAGUGUGGAAAGAGAUUUAGCUUGAACAGCAGUCUUCAGAGGCACUGGAUAACUCACACAGGGGAGAAACCUUUCGAAUGCUCAGAGUGUGGAAAGAGAUUCAGCCUGAAGAACAGUCUUCAGCAUCAUCAAAGAACCCACUCAGGGGAGAAACCUUUUGAAUGCUCAGAGUGUGGAAAGAGAUUCAAUCAAAGCAUCCGUCUUCGAGAACAUCGUAGAACUCACACCGGGGAGAAACCUUUUGAGUGCUCAGAGUGUGGAAAGAGAUUCAGCUUGCGUGGCAAUCUUUGCAAACAUAUGAGAACUCACCCAGGGGAGAAACCUUUUGAAUGCUUUGAGUGUGGAAAGAGAUUCAGAUUGAAUGACAGUCUUCAGCUGCAUAUAAGAGCCCAUGCAGGGGAGAAUCCUUUUGAAUGCUCAGAGUGUGGAAGGGUAUUCAGUGAAACAGGUAGCCUUCUAAAGCACUUACUAGUCCACACAGAGGAGAAACCUUUUGAAUGCCCAUGGUGUAGUAAGAGAUUCGGUUACAGACGCAAUCUUACAAAGCACCUAAAAAUCCACACAGGGGAGAAGCCAUUUGAAUGCUCUGAGUGUGGAAAGAGAUUGUAUGACAGUAGCAAUUUUCAACGGCAUCUAAGAACCCACACAACGGAGAAACUAUUUGAAUGCUCAGAGUGUGGAAAGAAGUUCAGUCAGAGCAGUCAUCUUCAAGAACAUCAGAGAACUCACACAGGGGAGCAACCUUAUGAAUGCUCAGAGUGUGGCAAGAAAUUCAGCUUGAGUAGCAAUCUUCACAAACAUUUGAGAACUCACACAGGGGAGAAACCUUUUGAAUGCUCUGAGUGUGGAAAGAAAUUCAGGUUGAAUGACACUCUUCAGAUGCAUCAAAGAAGCCACACAGGGGAGAAACCUUUUGAAUGCUCAGAGUGUGGGAAAAAAUUUAGUCAGAGUGGCCAUCUUCAGCUGCAUCAAAGAACCCACACAGGGGAGAAACCUUUUGUAUGCACACUGUGUGGAAAGAGAUUUACUGCCACAGGUAGCCUUCGAAAGCACCAACGAGUCCACACAGGGGAGAAACCUUUUGAAUGCUCUGAGUGUGGAAAGCGCUUUUGUCACAGUAGCAAUUUUCAACGGCAUCUAAGAAUCCACACAAAGGAGAAACCUUUUCACUGCCCAGAGUGUGGAAAAAGUUUUAGUCAGAGUGGCCAUCUGCAACAACAUCUAAUAUCUCACACAGGGGAAAAACCUUUUGGAUGCUCGGUGUGUGGAAAGAGAUUCACUCGGAGUGACAAUCUUCAGCAUCAUCAAAGAACCCAUGUUGAAGAAACCUUUUGA